AUGGCACUGAAAUCCUGGCUUCCUAUCCCUGAUGAUCAUGAGUUCAGUAUUGAGAAUCUCCCAUUUGGGAUUUUCUCAACAAGACUGAAUCCUAUGCCUCGCCCUGGAAUAGCUCUGGGAGACUACAUUGUUGAUCUCUCUGCACUGGCUAGCAACGCUGUAUUCCAAUCACUUUGUCCUGCUCAAUUCCCAUUCUCGACACUGCAGCAGUCGACAAUGAAUGAUUUUGCGGCACUGGGGCGGAAAACUGUGAAUGCGAUUCGCCUCUUGGUAAAGGACCUGUUCUUGGAGACAACGUCGAUGCUGCGUGACGAUCAAAAAUUGAGAGCUGCUGUUGUGGUCAAUACGCGAGAGGAAGGGGUCGAGGCUCAGAUGCAUUUGCCAUUCGACACGCGGGACUUUACGGAUUUUUUGAAUUCAAGAGUGCACGCGAAAAACACACAUUCUACAUCGACAACGCCAAUCAACAUCAAUCUACGUCGGAUUAGGUUCAACCCUCCUCGAGCUUUCUGUGGUCGAGUAUCUAGUCUUAUCGUCUCCGGUACGCCCAUCGUACGACCAAUGGGGCAUCUGGUAAAGAAUAAUGGAGAAGCAUACGCUGCAGCAUCGCAAGAAAUGGACGUGGAGAUCGAGUUCGGCUUUUUCAUCGGUGUCGGUAGCCAGAGAUUCGAACGAAUCAGCAUUCAGGACGCUGAAGAGCAUAUUUUUGGGGUUGUAAUGCUGAAUGAUUGGAGCACUCGCGAUAUCCAAAAGUUCGAGGACCAUCCAUUUGCAGCGUUUAACGCCAAGUCAUUCGCAACCACGAUCAGCCCAUGGGUAGUGACUCUGGACGCCCUGGCACCAUUCAAAAUAAAGCCUCAGGCACAGGACCCCCUUGACAUCCCACCAUACUUGACCGAUACUGAGCCAAACGGUACAUAUGAUAUCUCGAUCAACAUGUCUUGGACGCUUGACAAAGAAAAGGAGACCUUCAACGCCUCUACGAGCAAUUUGCAGAACGCGUAUUGGAGUUUCAAACAGAUGCUGACCCAUCAUGCGUUUGGCGGAUGCCAGAUGCGCACGGGUGAUCUGAUCGGCACUGGAACGAUCACGGGAGAGGAGGAAGAUUCGAUUUGCUCGUUGGUAGAGAAGACCAGAGAUGGAAAGAUGGCGGUUGAGACCCCUGCUGGCAAUAGGAGAACGUACGUCGCCGAUGGUGACGAGGUUGUCUUCACCGCAUGGGGUGGAAACCAGGGCCCCGAGAUGGCCGGGAAGAGAGUCGGAUUCGGCCAAUGCAGUGCUGUUAUCUUGCCAGCAACACCUUUAUAA